AUGUUGGUAGCCCAAAAGGCUCAACUGCCUCCCAUUCUUGCAGUCUCCGCAAUCUUUUUUCUAAUUUGGUAUUAUGUGGCCUCUCUUCAAUCUCAAGCGCAAGAGCUGCAGGCUACGAUUGAUGCAUUUAACACAUCGGCCGUGAAGAAAGCCGGCAUCGCAAACCCUGGCCUAGACAAAGGAGAAGCCAAUGCGAACGGACCGAAUCAAGACCUCAUAUUAUACUCCUACCAUGAGACUGAGGAGAGCAUGAUCAAUUUCGCAUUCUUUCGUGAGCAUGCCUUGCAWGGAAAAGCAGACUUCAUCCUCAUGAUCAAUGGAGCUCACACGGUCGACCUGUCGAAGGUGGCAGCGCUACCAAACGUGAAGAUUGUUGAGCGAGAAAAUCUAUGCUUUGAUCUAGGCGGCUUUCAUGAAGUCCUUACAGCAAACAGCACACUGACGACAGCGUACAAGCGCUUCAUGUUCAUCAACUCUUCGCUGCGGGGGCCCUUCUUCCCUCCAUGGGCCGACAAGAUAUGCUGGAGCGAUGCCUACUGGGACAAAUUGGACUUUCUUACGACAUUGGUUGGAAUGAGUUGGAAUUGUGCAAAUGGCAUACCCUAUCCACCGCAUCUUCAGUCGAUGGUGCUGGCCUUCUCUCAGCAGACCCUCAUGAAUGUAUUGCUACCAAGCAUGAAGUGCUACGAAGACAUGGGCAGCGCAGUCACUGAUGGGGAGACACAAAUGGCAACGAGGAUCAUGCAGGCGGGUGGGGAUGUAUUUGCCAUGGAGAGUCGUUUUGUUGCACAUGCGGGCCCGAGUGGGAAGGAUACUGCGGCCUUCUUGAAGUGGUGUGUCGACAAGCCCGGGAGUAAUGUAACGGGAGGCAACGACGUUCUCCACACGGGAAAUUAUGAGGGCAGCACGUUGCAUCCGUACGAGACCAUCUUCGCAAAAACAAAUCGUGACUGGGACGAGCGCGACCGCAAAGUCAUCGACUUGUUGACCGAACACGCGGACUUGGAGCAGUACUCGAGUUACGAUCGUUGCAUUUAA